AUGGAGUAUGACAAGAAGCCUAACCCUCCAACGAAGCCUGCUUCAGUUAAAGAUUCACCUGAGAACACAACCAAUACUAUUCCAAACUACAACCUCAAAACUGUGAGACUCAAAUAUGUGAAGCUUGGAUACCAUUAUUUGAUCACCAAUACCAUGUACCUCUUGCUCAUCCCACUUGCAGGAGUUCUAUCACUUCACCUUUCAACACUUUCUGUCAAAGACAUAUUGCAACUAUGGAACCACCUCAAUUUCAAUGUUUCUCAGUUGAUUGUAUGCUUACAACUCAUUAUUUUCAUAGCUACCCUCUACUUUGCGAGUCAUCCCAGAAAGGUUUACUUGGUGAAUUUUGCAUGUUUUAAGCCGGACCCAACUUUAAUGUGCAGUAGGGAGGAUGUGAUUGACAGAUGUAGACAAGUUGGUUCCUUCACUGAAGAGAGUUUAGCCUUUAAGAGGAAAAUUUUGGAGAAGUCGGGGUUCGGACAGAAGACAUAUUUCCCGCCAAGCAUUAUGAAAAUUCCACAGAACCGGUCGUGGAUGGAGGCGAGGAAGGAGGCAAAGAUGGUGAUGUUUGGAGCCAUCGACGAGCUGUUGGCGAAAACGGGUAUCAAGACUCAAGAUAUUGGAAUCCUUGUG